GGGAGAGAGAGAGAGAGAGAGAGAGAGGGCAGGGAUGCAGUUGAUGUCUACGUCGCGCAUAUCCAUUAAUGAGAUGACACCUCUGUUUCUUACAUUACUUAGAUUGUAAUUUUUUAAUAUAUAAAUAUGUAAUAAAUAUUGAAUUAGAAACCGGCGAUUUCCUCCCGGACUUAGCCGCUGUUCACAAAUAGAGAAGAACAAAAAGGAAAAGAAGGGCCGCCAUGGUUAUCGAUCUCUCUACAUUAGAAGCUAGUUUAAUGGCAAUCAAAAAUAUCCAAGAGAUGAUGUACAAAAUUGUAUUCCACUAUUCUAGCUUCAUUCCCCUCCCCUCCAGCGAAAGGAAAGGGAAAGAAAAGCUGUCAAUUGAUAUGUUGAUUCUUGCAAAAUCCAAGGUGUGCCGCCAAAUUCUGCAAUUUUAUCAGCUUUCUUUAAGUUUAAUUUUUAUUCAGGCCAAACUUCAAAAAUCUCAUCAUGAGCCAUGUAUCAUAGAGGUUGUCUUGGACCAGCUGAAAGAUUCUGAUUUUCCUUCAUUAAUUGAAGUGUUCUCGGUAAUUGACUCGUCUGAGAUUGAUGCGGUAGACAUAUUUCAUGAAUCGCUGUGUAUAUUGGAUGGACAGUCUGUCUUAUCCUUGAUGUUUGAAAUCAAUCAGAAGCUUCGAGUUGUUGAUCUUCAAGAUUUGUCAUUUGACAAGGACUUCCUUAGGGAUCUUUUAUGCAGAGGUUUGACAUGCCAAGUAUUAAACUUGAGGUCUUCCCACAUCAGAAAACUGAACAUGGCAGGGAAAUUCAUGCAGUUACACACUCUUAAUCUCGAUUUUAGUACUUCACUCACUAGUUUCCGGGAAGAUUGCUUUUCUUGCAUGCCAAGUUUGAUGUGCCUCUCAAUGUGUGAAACAAGAGUUGCUAAUCUGUGGACAACUAGUGCUGCACUAGCAAAACUUCCUUCUUUGGUGGAACUUAGGUUUCAAAAUUGUUUGUGCUGCAAUAAUACUGGGCCAUGUCCUGCAUCAAUCAAUGAGAAAGCAACCAUUUUUGAUCAUGACAAAAUUGAUUCGGCUCGGCUGGAUUUACACCACUUUUCUGUGACAUCAUCCAUUAAUCGUGGAGAUAUAUCUGGCACAGAAGACACAUUUAGGAAUUUGCUUUCUUUGAAUGAUCUGGUUAUGACCCAAGAUAUUGAAACUACAGCUGAAGAAUCAUCAGAUGAUAGCGAUUUGGACUUCUCAACCCCUCAGCAGAGAAUUGGCUUGGUAGAGUUACUGUCUAAUGUCUUUCCUGUGUUGACUGGACAUACUGCUUUGCCAAAUGAGGUUUCUUCUGGUACAUUGUUGACUAAAGAGGAAAAAGAGUCUUUUGCAGAUUCCCCCAACUUGAGUCAUAGGAAAGAUGCUGCACAUAUUGCUCUAAAGAAGUACAUUUCACAUCAUCCAUCACCUAUUUGCUUUGAGAAGCACUACAGAGAAUACAUGAUAGCUUCAUUGCCCCGCCUGAAAGUUUUGGAUAAUUUGCCCAUCAAAAUAUCAGACAGGAAAAUGGCCAAGAUUAUUUUUUCACAACACUAUGAACAUUUACCAUAUAACCGGCAAUGCAAAGAGAGUGUUGUUAGUAUCUUGCAGAACCGUGAAAUAGGACCGAGUACUACUCAUUUGCAAAACUCUUCCAGGACAAAGCAGCCAUAUUCUUCUAGAAAGAGUCAAUAUUUUUUUCCCAGGUCAAUUGGCGCUGCUAAAGUUGGUUCUGCUGCAUGGCCACUCUUACAUCCAAUUUCUAAAUUCAAUGACAUUUUGGGGGAAGAGAGUAAAAGCUUUCGUCCACGGCAAUUUGAGUAUCAUCCAAUUGAUCCCAGUCUUAUGGUUUUUGGUACUUUAGAUGGUGAACUAGUUGUUAUCAACCAUGAGAAUGGGAAACUCGUUAGAUAUCUACCAUCAAUGGGAAUGCUUAACAGUGUUUUAGGGCUCUGCUGGCUUAAAAAGUAUCCUUCUAAGCUUAUUGCUGGUUCUGAUAAUGGUUCCUUGCAUUUAUACGAUAUCCAUCAAAUGGCCUCUACAGUUACAGACAGAUACAGCUAUGUGGGUUCAGUUACUUUUGAUGAUUUUGAGCAAUUGACUUCAGUUCAUGUCAAUUCAACGGAUGAACAAUUUCUUGCAAGUGGAUAUUCGAAAAAUGUGGCUCUAUAUGACAUAAACAGUGGGAAACGCUUACAGAUAUUCACUGAUAUGCACCAGGGGCAUAUCAAUGUUGUUAAGUUUGCCCACCAUUCGCCCUUUAUAUUUGCUACUUCAUCAUUUGAUCAGGAUAUCAAAUUGUGGGACUUGAGGCAGAGGCCACUGCAGCCUUGCUACACGGCUUCAAGUUCAAGAGGAAAUGUAAUGGUGUGCUUUUCUCCUGAUGACCACUAUCUGCUUGCAUCAGCUGUUGACAAUGAGGUUAAGCAACUUUUGUCAGUGGAUGGAAGGCUUCACAUGAAAUUUGACAUCACUCCAACAGGAAGUUCCCAUAAUUAUACUCGUUCUUAUUACAUGAAUGGAAGGGAUUACAUUAUUAGUGGGAGCUCUGAUGAACACGUUGUCCGUGUUUGCUGUGCUCAAACUGGAAAGAGGCUCAGGGAUAUUUCUUUGGAGGGUGGGGGCUCAUCAAAUUCUAUGUUUGUACAGUCAUUGAGGGGUGAUCCUUUUAGGGAUUUCCACAUGAGUGUCCUAGCAGCCUAUAUGCGCCCCAGCUCAAAGUCUGAUAUCAUUAAGGUCAACUUACUAGAACCCAGCAGCUAUUCCAAAGAGUGCUCCUAUUGUCAGCACUGUUGUCCUUCCUACAGUAAAGGAGGUUGAUUAUAUGUAUCAACUUGUAUUCCAAUGUUGUAAAUAAUUUUGUAUAGAAAUUCCUUGUGUUGAUAUCACAUUGGUGUUUUAGUCUAUUAAUGGAUACAGAACAAAAUUCAUGUCUGCUCCUAAUUUUAAAUAGAUGAUAUUUGUGUA